GAUGAUGAUUCACCACAUAGGCUAAGACCAAGGAAUAGGAAAUAAAAGAGAAGAAAAGAUCAAAGUCCUUAGAAUCCAAGAAUGACAGGCCUUGGUUCUCCUUGCGGUGCAUGCAAAUUCUUGAGGAGGAAGUGUGUGAGAGGAUGUGUUUUUGCUCCCUACUUCUGCCAUGAACAAGGUGCCACUCAUUUUGCAGCUAUUCACAAGGUCUUUGGAGCUAGCAAUGCCUCAAAGCUCCUCAUGCACCUCCCAGUAUCUGACAGGUCAGAGGCCGCACUUACCAUCUCCUAUGAGGCUCAAGCUAGGCUUCAAGAUCCUAUCUAUGGCUGUGUUGCUCACAUCUUUGCGCUGCAACAACAAGUAGUAACACUGGAAGCACAAUUAGCUUCCUUGAAGGCUCAAACUGCUCAAGGUUUAGCUUGUGGAUACUCCAUGACUUCCAUCCUUGAGGAUGAGAAAUUGAAUCAGAAGCAACCACCUUACCAACUGGGACAUGGAUUCAAUCUGAAUGGAGAAGGGAGGAUAACCCAGCCUUUAAUUUCAGGCACUUUUUCAAAUCAAGAAGCGAUGCUGCACGGAGUUAUCAGUCCAAAUUCCUUCCCAUCUACUCAAUACUAUGAUCAACUUUCAUACAUGGACAGUGAUCACACCUCUUUCAUUGAUGAUAAUUCAUCAUGUGCCAUGGCCUCACUUGACAUAGAGCCCAAUGCAAGGAGAUCAUCCUAUCUCGAAAUGGAGGACCUCCAGUCAGUAGCAUUUGGCCAUCUUAAUUGUGCAUGAGAGACCAACUCAUGGAACAUCACCUUCAGUUUUGAUUGAUAGAAUGAGGUGUGCCACAAGCUCCUGAAACUUGGAAGAGGCUUUUCUGGGUGCUGAUGCUAUGCAAUACUUGACAGGGUUUGUGAAUGUACUAUAGCUAGACAGAAAUAAGACAGUUUAUUCAAACUUA